CAUUCGGUGCUAGGCGCUUUCCGGGGCUGCAUUGCGCAGGGCAAGUGCCUGCGCUUAGGCAUCGUGCUUAGGCAAGGCUGGCCCGUGCUAGUUUCUGCAAACGCGCCACACCUGAGUCAGGCAUUGACUUUCAAAAACACUUCGCCGUUGUGGGCCCCGUGCAGUGGCAACGCAUAAAGGCAAGAAACCCCUUGCCACGCAAGCACGCAGGUCGAUGGUGUGCGGAAACCGCGAGACGGCGGAAGAAGCGGAUCGACGGUUAUGAUCGUGCCGACCGGGGCAUCCGGGGCUCGCUCCAUGCCGCUGCGCGCGUACGAGAUGCGCACCUGUCGCGGCAUGGUCGCGGCGACAGCGCCUGCAGCUGCCCCGCCGCCAAGCCGCCGCGUCCCGCUGUCAAGCACACGCUCAUCCAACAGCCCUGCGGCGCCGCCGCGGCCGCCAGGCCCUGCACCACCGGAGGAAGCGGCGUCGCCGGCGGCAGCGGCGGCACCGGUGGAAGCGGCGGCGGCGGUGGGAGAGCAGGCGCCACGGCCGCCGUCGGCAGUGGCUCGGGCAGCGCCGGCGCCACGGCUGUCUUCCGGCGACCCCGUCAAGCCUUGCCGGAGCACGCUGGCGGGGGAGGCGAAGACGGACGCCCCUCCUGCGGCAGCGGCUGUCACGCCCUAACGCGUGAUAACGCAUUCCUGACGUGCCCUGGCUGAUGCGCGUUAUCACGCGUUAGGGCGUGACAUGUCAGCUUGGGUGUUCACCCCAAGGGUUGGGACUCAGUGUCGCCUUUUCACCCGUUCAUAGCCCGCGCGGCUGGUGAUAUGAUGAUGUUGCGUUUGCCGUACGAUGCGGAAUCCCCGCCGCACUCGCCGUGAGAUUGCUGCAUGCGGGGCGCUGGGUUUGACGUGUCUUGUUCUGUGCAGUUUACCAUGUUUGGUGCGGCCGCCUGGGGCCUGGACGCUUGCGCCCUGGCUCGGUUGGGUUGUAUUGAUGUGCGGGGCUGCAGGCUUCCUCAAGGGCUUCCUGUCUUUUGCGGCACUGCCGUGCCCGGACUGUGGCGGUGAUGCAAUUGGCGGGGAUCCGGCGGGUUGAGGCUUGGCUGGGACUCGCUGUGCGCGGAGUCACGUUGACUUUGGCCGCGGGAGGGUUUGCUGUAGCAUCAGAUGGCUCUUGCGUGCUUGCGCGCUAGGGUUGUCCCCUCUGUAACACCGCAAUCUU